AUGUCAUUUGAAGAUCUCUACGAUUACUGCUUCCGAAAUAUUGGUGCUAUACAUUUGAUUCCAUCUGCUGCUUCUGCUAAAGGUAGUAAUGAAGAUCAGAAUGAGUUGACAACAUUGGACGCCGUAUUCGCAAGUUCUCGAUAUGUUAUUUUUUACCUGAUCAAUUCGAGCAGUACCCGUUCAUUGGAACCUAUUUCAUCGUUAAAAAAACUUAUCCAACAACGAAAUAGUAUUUUUGCUAAUUGUCCAAGAGAAAGUCCAGCUCGAUUACGUCGUUUUUUUGGUGUAAGUAAGAAGAGUAAGAAAAAAAGAUUGGUUGAAGUGGAUGAUGUUAAUGUUGUAAUCAUUGAUUUGGACCUGUAUAAUGAUGAUGAUAUCAGACCACACCCUGCUAUCAGUGAAUCAGGAUGGUAUAUCAUCGUACCUAUCAAUAUCAUGGCUAAAAGCCGUCUACUACGAGCUUUACGUUAUUGUUCAACACCAUCAUUAAUUGUUGUUGAUGCAUCAACUAGACAAAUUAUCACCGAUGAUGGUCGACGUCUGUUGCAGGAUGAUCCAAAUGGUUUAAAUUUUCCAUGGUGUAAUGCGACACCAGAAGAGCUUUUUCAAGGUGCUGUGCUAAGGAAUUGUAAGGAAGCUGAUGGUACCAAGAAAAUAGUAACUGAAAAUUUUCAAAAUUUAAAAUCAACUGUCAAAGGCUUAUACUUUGGUGCUAAUUGGUGUCCACCAUGUCGGUCAUUCUCACAACAAUUGAUAUCUUGCUAUGAAUCACUCAAAAAUGCCGGUAUUCCAUUCGAGAUUUUCUUUUGCUCAUCUGAUAGAUCACAAGAAUCAUUUGAACAUCAUUUUUCAACGAUGCCUUGGUUGGCAUUUCCGUAUGAUCCGCAGAAAGCAACUCAGCUUACUCGUUUGUAUAGCGUAAAUGGUAUUCCGGCAUUUUUAUUAUUGAACGAGGAAAAUCGUCUAAUAACGAGGCACGGUCGUAAUGUACUACUUAAUGAUCCAUCCGGUAGUUUAUUCCCGUGGGGACCGUUACCAUUGUAUGAAUUAAAUGAAAAUACAUUGUGUCGAUUAAGAGAUGAACCUUCAUUAGUGUUAUUUACAGAAGGUUCACCAGAUGAUGUCACUUUCUCGAUGGAAGUAUUACGACCAACCGCUGAAUCACUUUUCCGAGAACGAAAGGAAUCAAUUAAGCAUUUGCCAUCAAAGGAAAUUGAUAGCACUGAUAACAAUACUAAUGGAAAUAAUGAUUUGAACAAUUUAGCAUAUUCAACUAAUUCAGUAAAUAGCUCGAUCUCAUCUGAUAUAUCGGUACCACCAUGGGUUGAUCCAUUGCAAAUAUUUUAUACUGGCGAUGAUCCGUUAUGUGAUUUUAUACUGGAAGGAUUAGGAUUGGAUAAUGCAGAAUUACCUCUUAUUGUUAUUUUGGAUGCAACAGUUAGUCGGAUGUGUGUUUGUGAAAAACCGGAUGUAAGCGGUGAAAUUGUUGCCGAGUUUGUUGCUGCUUACAAGAAUGGAAAGCUAGAUAUGGUACCGUUGCCAACAACAUGUCAGAAUAAUACUCAACCAACUCGUUAUGGUAGUAUUCCAGCGCAAGCUGUUCAUCAAGCACUGGGAAUCGGCAGUGCUCAAUCAGCUAAUUCAAUUUUAAAUGAAAAUCAAACAGCAACAGCUAAUGAUCAACACAUACCUAUCGUUCUUUAG